ACCAGACGAGCUCUCAGGCCAUGAAAGACAAUUCUAUGGGUUUAGAGCCUGGCUUCACUUGGCAAAUCAUAUUGACAGAGGAAGGGGUGAUUCUGUUCCAACGCUAUACAAUUCAAUACAAGAUUAAUGCGAUACACAUCUGCUGUUCAAAUCUUAUGUAUUAAAGCAUUCAAUCUUUUCCAGAUUGUGGAAUAUUAUCUGAGAAGACCAGCCUUAACAUUGAUCAGUUAUGCACCAUAAUUUUCAUUGAUUAUUUUGUAGGAGCAUUCUUAGAUGCAUUUCCAGGUAAAAUUUAUACAAGAAUCAUCUCUAGUAUAAUGGCAACUGAAAACCCUAUUAGGAUAUCGGAGGGGACAGACAGAUGGCCCGUCCUCAAGCAGUCUAACAGGUAUGGACCAUCAUCCGGCAAGAUGGCCUUUGAGGAUCUGGGUUUGUUCCUGAAAGACAAAAGGUUUGAAAGACUUGAAAAGGAUGUCAUACCAGGCCGGAGUGAAAGUGCACCGCCAAGCAUGGAGGGUUCUGUAGCGGCAAUUGGAAAUAUCCUUUCCCAGUGGAAAUCAGCUUGGCAUCCUAGUUCGAUAUAUCCAUCCACCUCUCCAAUUAACCGUGAAAAUAAAAUGCGGUUUUCUGGCGAUCCAUCAUCUUCUACAAGCCGUACUUCUGAUAUCAAUGUAGACCAUAGGUUCAGUGGGCCUCUCAACUCAUGGGAAAGCUGUCAUAUGUUGCAACCCAGUGGUAGACCAGGUAGCAGGAAUAUGUCAUAUGCUAAACUUGCUGAUGGCUCUUUGCAGUUUCCCAGUAAGAGUCUUCCUGCUCAUGAGGAAGAGUUUGAGGAUGAUCAAUCAUGUGAACAGAGUGCAUCUGUGUCCGUGCAGAAAGCUGCUUUGUUAGGUUAUCAUAGUCGUUCGUUGGACUCAAUGCAGUUGCAGGAAGAUUCCUACCAAGCUUCGUCACCUUCAUAUGAUCAGUAUCGCUCCUUGAGCUAUAGAUCUAUAAAAGAAACAGUUGUGUCUGAUGCUGACUCCCAUAUCAUGCAUAAUGCCACUGUUAACAUGUCAUCUGCUGGUACAAAUACUCCAUGCUUGGAUGAUAUCAGGCCAGUCUCGUCACUUGAUGGCACAAGGGGCACAGUGGCUGGGCCACCUGCACAUAGAAGAGAUUUCAAUGCUGUAAGAGUUGAUAUGCAGGAUAAUCUUUCAACUUCAGUGGCUGUUGAUGUAGAUAAUGCCCAUAUUGAGACUGUAGAGAGUGUUAAUUCAUUUAGCUUUUCAAAUUUAGACUCUCACAAAUUUCAGAAGAAAGAGCAAUUCAAUCGCCAAAAUAAUGUGCUGCAACAGCAAGCAGCUCCGCAAGAAUGCAGCACUUCUCAAGUUCAGGGCACUUAUUCUCAGAUUAUUUAUCCAGGAACAGGCCAUGCAUAUGGUAGCUUGAACCAGUUUCCUUAUGGUUCUGCAAGUGUUACAAUGGCAGAGUUUCGGCCAUUACUCCAGUCAUCUGGAUUCACCCCUCCACUAUAUGCCACUGCAGCUACUUUAAUGACUCCAUCAAGUCCAUAUCAUGCCAAUCUGCAGACAGCUGCUUUGUUAACUCCACAUUACAGCCUGGGUGGCUACAAUUUCAACUCUGCGGUUUUGCCAUCGUAUCUGGCUGGAUAUCCCCAUCAAGGGCCCAUUCCUCUUGCUUAUAAUAGUGCUUCCUUUCCCACUUCUGGAGUUCCAAAUGGAGGAAAUGUUCAUGGAUAUGAUCUGCAAAAUCUGCUGAAGUUUUAUGGUCAAGUUGGAGUUCCCAUGCAACCUCCGUUCCAUAUGCAGUAUUUCCAGUACAGUCAUCUUGGUCAUCAAACAUCAACAAAUGGUGCUGCCGUGAACCAAGUGAACUCUUAUGACUCAAAAAGGCAAGCAGAACUAGUUGGAUUAUCAAAUGACUACAAAUCUCAAUAUCCAAAUGGUGUCGGCUAUGACAAUCCGAAUCUCAAACGUGGGAACUUGUCAAGUCAUAAUAGUUUGGCAAGACCAACAAAUGCUGGUCCUUUAUCACAGUUUCCUAGUGUAUCGGUUGUUAGUCCAGCUUUGCAGUAUAAAACUGCGGCAGGGACCAAGUUUCCUGGAGGGAAAUAUAACUUGAACCUUUGUCACUCUUCUAGUGGUAACUCUAGUAAAGCUAAUGACCAAAGUUGGAGUGACGUGAGUUUAUAUUCUUUUCUUGAAGAGUUGAAAUCUGGUAAAGGUCAAAGAUGUGAGCUGUCUGAUAUAGCAGGACAUCUUGUUGAAUUAAGCGUCGAUCAACAUGGAAGUAGAUUCAUUCAGCAGAAGUUGGAGACUUGUAAUGUUGAAGAGAAAGCAUCUGUUUUUAAGGAAGUAGUUCCACAUGCUUCCAAACUAAUGACUGAUGUUUUUGGCAACUAUGUUAUUCAAAAGCUUUUUGAAUAUGGGAGUCCAGAGCAAAGGCAGUACCUUGCAAAUCAACUGCAAGGUCAAAUCCUGCCAUUAAGCUUGCAGAUGUAUGGAUGUCGUGUGAUCCAGAAGGCUCUUGAAGUUAUUGAUUUAGAACAAAAGUCAAGGCUUGUAAGAGAGCUGGAUGGACAUGUUAUGAGAUGUGUUCGGGAUCAAAAUGGAAAUCAUGUCAUACAAAAAUGCAUUGAGAGCAUUCCCACACAAAAUAUUCAAUUCAUAAUUUCUUCUUUUCAUGGGCAAGUUGCCGCGCUCUCAACGCAUCCUUAUGGUUGCCGCGUCAUACAGAGGGUCCUGGAGCACUGUGGCGAUAAUACAGAGACACAGUUCAUAGUGGAUGAGAUUUUGGAUUCAGUUUGCUCACUUGCACAAGAUCAGUAUGGCAACUAUGUCACACAACAUGUAUUGAUGAGGGGGAAGCCUCGUGAAAGGAGUGAAAUCAUUGAGAAAUUAGCUGAUUCUAUUGUACAACUGAGCCAGCACAAAUUUGCAUCAAACGUUGUCGAAAAAUGUCUGGAGUAUAGUGAUUCUACUGCAAGAGAAAUGCUGAUAAAGGAGAUCAUUGGUUAUGGUGAUAAGAAUGACAAUGUGUUGAUUAUGAUGAAAGACCAGUAUGCAAAUUACGUCAUCCAAAAGAUUCUAGAAAAAUGUUCUAGUGAUCAGCGGGAAGUAUUGCUCGGGCUGAUACGAAACAACCUCACUGCUUUAAAGAAAUAUACGUAUGGGAAACACAUUGUCGCUCGAUUUGAACAGCUAUACGGAGACGAAAUUCAAUCCUCAGGAUCGUAGUGCGAGGCCAGUAUACCUCUGCAGCUGCUGCUGUUGCUUCAGCAUUUUAAAGGGCGUCGAAUUCUUCGGAAGCGAUUCUAGAAUGCAUUCAUAUGGCAGAGGUUGUCAACUGACCCUCAAUCCACCCUCCAGUUUCCACAUUCAGGAAUUCUGCUGUACAUUAUUUCCUAUGUAAAGCUUGAAAUAUGUAAAAAGAUAAAACGUUGUUCUCAAUCAUCUGCAUUUGUAGGGUAUUUGAUCCUGAAGAAUGUAAUUAACUUCCAGUUUGUGGAUUUCUUUCUUAUAUUUGGAGUUUCUAUCAAGAAUUUAUCAA